CCGAAAAGGUCGUGGGCAUUCAGAACCUCUCAGUGCAUGCAGCUCAUAGAACCAACGUCAUCUCUCUCACCACCCAAGGUGCUUUGGAGCGCCCUACUACAUCUACGUCAGCCAAUGCUGGGAGACGGAUGGAUGUAUAAAAAGAUGCCUCCGUCGUCGACUACGGUGGGCUGGUCCGGAGCAUUCAACCCCAGGAACCAGGCUCUUGUUGGUAUCUGAUUGUCUGUCAUCUCACGACAUAUACAAAUCACAAGAAAACACACACACGCACACACACAAGCAAGAAAAUAUGCCGUCCCCAUUCGGGUUCAGCACAGACUGCGACGAGGUGGCCAAGGCCUUCGCGGACCGCAUCAAGGGCCGCACCUUUCUCGUCACGGGCACGACGGCGGGCGGGCUGGGGGCCAACACGGUCCUCACGCUGGCCCGGCAGGGGCCGGCGCACGUCAUCCUCGUCAGCCGGACGCGGGCCAAGACGGAGCCGGUGCUCGCGGAGCUCGCGCGGGAGGCGCCGGGGGUCAAGGCCACCUUUGUGGCGUGCGAGCUCUCGGACCUGGACUCGGUCCGGGCGGCGGCGGACGCCAUCAACAAGGACGCGGACAUCGGCGCCAUCGACGUGGUCAUCAACAACGCGGGCGUCAUGGCCAUCCCGUACCGCACGGACAAGCUGGGCCGCGAGCUGACGCUCUCGUCCAACCACCUGGGCCAUUUCCUGCUCACAAACCUGAUCCUGCCAAAGGUGCUGGCGGCGGGGCCCGGCGCGCGCGUCGUCAACCUGUCGAGCAACGGGCACCGCAUCUCCAACUUCCGCUUCGACGACCCGGGCUUCUCGGGCGGGAAGGCGUACGAGAAGUGGACGGCCUACGGGCAAAGCAAGACGGCCAACGUGCUCUUCAGCGUGGCGCUGGCGGAGCGGCUGGGCGGCACUAGGGGCAUCUUCGCCUUCUCGGUCCACCCGGGCGGCAUCUUCGACACGGCCCUGUCGGCGCACCUGGACGUGGCCGAGUUCGAGGUCGUGAAGGCCGUGGCCGAGUGCAACAACUGGCCGGGCGUCUUCACGCUCGACCCACCCAAGACGCUGGCGCAGGGGACAAGCCCCAUCGUGGCGGCGGCGCUCGACCCCGAGCUCGAGGCGCGCAACGGUGCCUUCAUCGACGACUGCCAGCUCGGGCGGGCCGAGGCGUACGCGCUCGACGGCGAGGCGGCGAGGAGGCUGUGGGCGCUGAGCGAGGAGAUGGUGGGGGAGAAGUUUGACUGGUAGUAGCACAGGUACCUAUCUAACUUUACGUACCUACUAAUUACACCUGCAAAUUAGUGCCAUUUCCAAGCCCGUUCGUUUCCCG